AGCUAACCAGAUGGGAGCUCCCUUUCGACCAUUCAGUAUUCGGGUAGCGCUCAGUUCAAUCAGACUUGUUCGGUUCCAAACCGUCCGGUAACGGUUUGAGUGCCCCCUCGUGUGUUGCGAAUCAUUUAUUUUUUGUUAAUCGAAGGAAGCACCAAAAGCAUUAUUGUUAUUGUUGGUUUGAAUUUUCAUUGUAAAAUGCUGACUGUCAAAAUUUUCGUUUGUGUGCCGUUCUCGUUGUGACGCUGGAGAGUUCGGAAAAUUAAUUGCGAAAGUUACAGUUGAAAGUUAGUAGUGUCUGGUAGUGAUAGUGCAAUGUCAGUAUGGAAUCAAUUCGAAGAAAACUGCCACCAAAUCCACGGGAAAAUGCCAACCUACUGUCCAUAUUGACGUUCUGGUGGACUAUCGAUCUGUUCAAGAAGGGCUACACCAAAGUGCUAGAACUGCAGGAUUUGUUUCGACCGCUCGAAGUAGACAAAUCGGACAGUUUGGGGGAUCGGCUUGAAGAAAAAUGGUAUGCCCAAACGAACAGCCCUGGCCGACCGAGUCUCAUCAAGGCCAUCUUCCACACUUUCUGGUGGGAGUACAGCGUCCUGGGGUUCAUCGUAUUUUUCAACGACAUCGUAGUCCGGCUGUCGCAACCUAUUUUCCUUGGAUUACUACUGCAAUAUUUUAGGAAGGAUAGCGAUGUGACAUACGAAAAUGCUUUAUAUUACGCUGGUGCAAUCGUGAUUCUGAACAUUGUCAGCGCAAUCACAAUCAACCAGUAUAUCCUCGGUUGCUUCCAGAAUGGCAUGAAGGUACGGGUCGCGAUGUGUAGCGUGAUCUACCGAAAAGCCUUGCGGCUGUCACGUACGGCACUGGGUGACACCGCUCCCGGUAAGGUCGUCAAUCUGCUGUCCAACGACGUCAACCGGUUCGAUAUUGUGUCCGUGUUUCUCCACUCGAUGUGGUCGGCUCCGUUGCUGACCAUUAUUAUUGGGGUUCUUUUGUACCUGGAGAUUGGCCUGGCCGGCUUGAUCGGAAUGAUUGUGAUAUUUAUCGUGACGCCCAUUCAAUCCUACACCGGAAAGCUGACUUCGCGGUUCCGCUUCCAGACGGCACUGCGAACGGAUGAAAGAAUUCGACUGAUGGACGAGAUUAUUACCGGAAUACAGGUCAUAAAGAUGUACGCUUGGGAGAAGCCGUUCGCUAAGAUUAUCCAGAUGGCUCGGAGAAUGGAACUAAAAAUCAUCAGAAAGAGUUCCUACGUUAGAGCUCUCUAUAUGACGUUUUUACUGUUCACAACCAGGACCGCUUUGUUCUGUACAAUGAUGGCUAUGGCGCUGCUUGGAAACGAUAUGACGGCCGCCAAAGUGUUUGUGGUGGCAACAUAUUUCAGCAUCCUUGCCAAUACCAUGUCCGCUAUGUUCGUGCGAGGUAUUGCGGAAAUUGCUGAGGCACUGGUCGCAAUGAAAAGACUGCAGCGCUUUUUAGAAUAUGAAGAAAAAGAUCAAAUGCUUCAGAAUUGGAAACAGAACUACCACGAGGAGUUCGGCCUGAACGGAGACAGUUCGGAAAAAGUAAAAUUGAUUGAAUCGGAAACUCAACUACCCCCGAACGUUGCAAUCUCAAUGCGAAAUGUUACAGCUCUAUGGGGUGCAGUGAAACGGCAAAAUGGGCCGGUUACGAAGUCUGAUGCCAAAAAUGGAUCUGCAUUGAAUGGCAAAAAGGCGAAUGCGGCAAACCACAUUGACGAAGAUGACGAAUCGUGGAAAACGGCCACACUCUCGAAUAUCAAUGUCGACUUCCGAAAAGGAAUACUAAUUGGCGUCAUCGGACCGGUGGGUGCCGGGAAGUCCUCUUUACUGCAAGCAAUUCUGAAAGAGCUUCUGCUGGAAUCGGGAUCAAUCGUUACCAAUGGGAAAUGUGUUUACGUCAGCCAGGAACCGUGGGUGUUCGCUGGGACGGUUCGGCAGAACAUUCUGUUCGGACAUCCGAUGGAAAAGGAGCGCUACGAGUCGGUGGUGAAUGCAUGUGCUCUGGUACGAGAUUUCGAGCAACUUCCCGAUGGAGACAAAACGAUCAUCGGCGAACGAGGAGCUGCCCUGUCCGGGGGGCAGAAAGCUAGAAUCAGUUUAGCCCGUGCAGUUUAUCGCCGAGCCGAUAUAUUUCUGAUGGAUGAUCCGCUUAGUGCCGUGGAUGCUCACGUCGGUCGGCACUUGUUCGAUAUCUGUAUUGGGCCCCGUGGACGGUUAGGUAAAGUUAAAGCUACUCGAAUUCUAGUUACGCAUCAAGUGCACUUCCUGAAGGCAGCUGAUUGGGUCAUCGUGAUGAAUGAGGGUAAAAUAACGAUGCAAGGUACUCCACAUGAUCUAUCGCAAAACGGAGUCGACUUUGUUGAGUUGAUGGAAAAAAUGGAGGAGGAAAUAGGCGAUGGUGAGAGUUCAGUUAUGACUUCGAAUAAACGGCGGGGUUCAAGAGCUUCCUCGAAAUCGUUUACAUCCUCGCUUCAUUCCGUCAACGAUCUCUCUGAUGAUGAAGAAUCAAAGAAUAAAAUCAGCGACGAAGAGAAAUCAAAAUCUCCAAACGUAAAUGAAAAUAUGGAGCUUAGUUCGAAGGGAACGGUUCAAGGAUCGGUUCUGAUGAAUUAUAUUCGCAGUGGAGCGAAUCCUGUGAUACUAUUUGGACUGUUUACGUUGUUCAUAGCUACUCAGGUGGCCGCCAGCGGAGCAGAUUUGUGGGUCUCGUUUUGGACAUCUCAAGAGGAACAACGAAUAUUUCAACGGGACUACGGAACCACAAUUGAACGAACUAAUUCAUCUAGCCCCGAGGAUGUUCCUCCCGUUGCAGAUGGAGGAUCAUUGUUAAGUACAGAGGCAUGCAUGGCAAUUCAUGGAGCCUUGGUAACGAGUAUAUUCCUGUUGGCAAUCUUCAGAUCAAUCAGUUUCUACAAGACAUCCGUUCGAGCGUCCCAGAAUCUACACGACAGUAUGUUCAAGGGUUGUGUCUCGACUCCGAUGCGAUUUUACGAUACCAACACGUCUGGGCGUAUUCUGAAUCGGUUCUCCAAGGACAUGGGUUCAGUUGAUGAACUGUUACCGAAAGCCAUCCUCGAUGCGUCGCAAAUCAUUCUCAGUAUGAUCGGCACCAUUCUGGUGACAGUGAUCGUGAAUCCUAUGCUUCUGGUUCCCUUAGCGUUUCUUGCGGUCAUUUUUAUCUAUCUACGACGGGUCUAUUUGAAGACAUCCAAAAACAUCAAACGAUUGGAGGGAAUAACUCGUUCACCGGUAUUCUCACACUUAGCUGCCUCGUUGGCCGGCCUGCCAACCAUUCGUGCCUUCGAAGCACAGACUGAGCUGAUCCGGGAAUUCGAUGCUCAUCAGGAUAUUCACACUUCCUCGUUCUACAUGUUCAUCACCAGUUCCACGGCGUUCGGAUUCGCCCUGGAUUUGCUGUGUUUUGUAUUUGUAUUUAUUGUGGUGUUCAGUUUUCUCUUGCUGGAGACUGGCCUGCUGGGAGAUCAAGUUGGGUUGGCCAUCACACAGUCGAUGGCACUGACCGGUAUGAUGCAAUGGGGCAUUCGACAGAGUGCUGAGGUGGCGAAUUUCAUGAUGUCUGUCGAACGGUUACUGGAGUAUCGUGACUUGCAACCGGAGAAGCAACCGGAACAGCCGAAAGCGUUGAGUAACAAUUGGCCUGAAAAGGGACGAAUUCAGUUUAAAAAUGUUUCCUAUCGAUACUUUGAGGGCGCUGACCCGGUAUUGAAAAAUUUGAACUUUGAAAUAAAUCCAAAAGAAAAGAUCGGAAUUGUUGGCCGAACCGGUGCCGGCAAAUCGUCUCUGAUUGGUGCACUAUUUCGGCUGGCACAGAUCGAAGGCGACAUUCUGAUUGACAGUGUCAAUACCGCCGAUAUCACUCUGGAAAAUCUACGAUCCAAGAUCGCAAUUAUUCCUCAAGACCCGGUGUUGUUUUCUGGAACGCUACGAAGAAAUUUAGAUCCAUUCGAAGAUUUCCCGGAUGCUGAUUUAUGGAACGCAUUGGAACAAGUCGAACUGAAGGACAUUGCCAGCGGUCCCCAUGGUCUGCAAAUAGCCGUUGCGGCCGGUGGAUCUAAUUUUAGUGUUGGCCAAAGGCAGCUAAUUUGUUUGGCACGUGCCAUUCUUCGGAAUAACCGGGUGCUGGUGUUAGAUGAAGCUACUGCCAACGUGGACCCAAAUACCGAUCGACUUAUACAGGAAACAAUCCGUGCCGAAUUCGCAGACUGCACGGUGCUCACCAUCGCCCAUCGCUUGAAUACGAUUAUGGACUCCGACCGGGUGCUGGUGAUGGAUGCGGGUGAAGCAAUAGAGUUCGGAUUACCGCACGAUCUACUGCAGAUGCCGGUGGGUGUCUUCAAGGAAAUGGUCCUGGCGACUGGACCAGCAGAAUCCGAAAGACUGGUUCAAAUUGCCAAACAGAAAUUUGAUGAAACGGUGAGAGAGUGAGGAUAAAGUGAUGCAAGCAGCAACUGCCGUGUUUAGUAGUACAAAAAGUGUCCUUAUGAGAGUCUUUUUACGAUAGCAAAAAAAACACACCCAUUACUACACGUUUUUAUCACCGAAUUUCAGUGGAAUUGUGUAUAAAUUUUACAUUUUUCGAUGAUCAAAAACUCAAUUUCCUUUAAGAAUCUAUAGUCUUUAAAUUGAUGCUCAGUUUUGUUUCAACGAUAAAAGCAGAGAAAAGUAUCGUUUGAAAAACUCGAAAUAUUCCUGCGUUUGAAUUUUACAAUCUGCUUAAGAACUAUUCUACCAAAAUGUCCUAAUUUCGAAACAUUAACUUUAGUUAGGCACUUAACGCAUGUAUAUUAUUCGUUUAAAGACUCUAAAUUAUUUAGAUGUAAAAACUAUUUAAAUAGUACAAUACAAUAUACACAGUAAAGAUAACCGGAAA